CUUCGUGUCGUCGGUCACCGCGCGCAUGCAGCUAACUUCACGGAACAGCUGUUAAUCAAAAUAUGAUAAUCGCAUAAAUAUAUCAAUGUUGCUUUUUAUCCUUUCUUUCAAGAAAUUCAUGAUGAAAUAUGGAGACGAUGAGAAAGCGGCUCAUAACGCAUUAUAAUGCAAAACAAUUAGAUUGGCUCACAACUAAUACGAUUAUAUCACUGUUCCCUCGCUUGUAUUGCGUCUCAAUUUAAUGCCAAUUUUCCGGAUCAUCCAGCAAUCGCGGAACCGGUUUGCAAUGAAUGAAGUCUUCACAGCGAGCUAUUUGCUAAUGAUUGUGGCGAAAGUUCUGUAUUGAUGGAGAUAUCGAAAGUACGAUCCGAUCCGACUUCAGAGUUGCAUUCAUAUUCGACCACAUUACCAAGGCCCGCCACACUGGGACGGCUGCACCCCUCGGGGUACACGCGCUUAUAUGUGCGCCUGAUGUUUCCCAAAGGUCAACAAUGACGGCGAAAAGGAGCCGCUCGUAAAACUGAGAGCGACGUGCCUUACUUUAUUAUUAUGCAAUCGGCUCUUUACCCAGCGGCCUGAACUAUAUUUUCUUUUUGCAUGGCUAACCUCGCGGGAAGACUCCAGCUACCGAGAACUGAGAUGCCCAUUCACUCGCUUCUCCAACGAGAGAGGAGCAAUCGAGAGAAAGAUCGCGAGGAAAGUUUCAAAUGCCCGAUUACUAUCGACAGACCUGAGAUAUCUUACAUAUCGAUCAGCGACGCAAGAAGCAUCCAUCAUGUAUCAUGGAAAGUACAUAUCGAGAAAGAUGAUCGUGGGAAGAUUGCUAGCUGGUAAUAAAAUAAUGUCAGUCUACUUUGCGACGAUCCACGAGGAAGGUGAAGGAUUGUGAAAAUGAAGCGACGGAGGCAGGGACGAAGUUCGUUUAAUGACGGUGGAAAGCGUCGCUGCGACGAAAAUUAAUGGAAGUUAACGGAGCAUCCCAAUUAUGCGCCUCGCGAAAACGGCGCGUCGAGACGUCGAGUCGCAGUGUUGCAACGGUGUCUCAUGCGUUUUCCAUUAAUUCGCAACGCGAUCUCGGCAAGCGCAAAUUGGUAGGUACGUAAUUAAGUUUAGCGUUUCAUAUGUGUGAAGAAAUUGACUCUUGUCAGACGUUCAUACGCAUCUCCCCUAAAUUAUUAGCAAGCAUUCGUGUCAGUGAUGUUGAAUGAAAAGUGCUUAAAGUUGGCAAUUAAAACAUUGUAAAGUGCAAAGUUGCUAAGUCUGCCAAGUUCAAGUCUUGCAUUUUUAUAAACAUCUAUACGCUUAAUGAACAUAAAUAUCAAGCACAUAUUAACGUUAAAAUUGGAACAAUUAUUUUAAAUGAUUGAACGACGAGAUAAAAUAAACCUUUUUUCAAAUUUAUACCUUUUUAUUUGUACAGCAAACUGCAAUUAGCGAGCUCUCACUCUUAAUUUGACGUAAUCUAAAUUCGUGCCGGUCUGGAACGCAGUAAAACACGAACGACGACCGCUUUUUAACCCCGCGCGAAGCGUUGAAAUCUUCGUCCCUUCUACCUUUUUUUGCCAUGUCGCCGAGUUGCGUCAAUACCCGUAACGCGUAAUAGAAAAUCGCCGGAGAGACCGCAGUGAUUUUUUUUUUCUUUAUCGACCUCCACGAUAUGGACUUCUAUUCUUUCGAAACGGUACAAUCGUGUGCACACGAGGUCGUGAGGAAGAGAGCGAGCGGAGAUAGAGCAUAUGCUCCCGGUUCUGCACAAUCUCUUAUAUAUCUCGAUACCUCGGGAAUACUUCCGCGAUACGCUGUCGAAAUCCUACAGUUCGCGCCUUCGGCUGGCUCCGCACAUUGCAAUAAUUGGACGAACCAGGUACAAAGCUGUGCGCUGCAAAACAUGACGUUUCAACGGUAGAAGUAUCAAAUAAUUUUGCACGAACAUGUCAUAACAUGUUUUUUUUCCUAUAGAAAAAAAUUCUGCAUUCAAGAAGCAACCGAAGGCUAUGCAUAAUCUCCGAAGGACGAAGCCUCUAUUUUGACGUAGUUAAUAAGAUCUGAAGGACGCUGAAAUCUUGAGGAUUAAUCGUGAAGAACUACGUCCAAUCGAUCCUUUCAAUUAUUUCCUGACGCCGCGCCGUUUGGCGAACGUACGAAAUUCAAUACACUUCGAGAGAUUCAUGUCAGACUAGUUCCGAGAAAGAUUUCUUGCCAAUAUAAAUCUGCCUGCGGGCAUAACAUGAGCAGUAAAACAGAUAAAUGCACGGAUUACGUGCCAAAGGGAUAGGAUCUACUCAAGGAUUAUUAGUAACUGUAUACAACUGUUUCCCUUAAAGAACAGGGCUACGAUUUCUUAAUAUGAAUCCGAAGUUCGACCGCUCUAUCUCCCUGGGAAUCUAGACGAGAGCAUGUAUGUUAUUUUUCUCUCCAUUACGAGGCAAACGGGAUGCCUAUUCGGAUGCGAUCGUCGCUUCGUCUACGGCGAAACGUGAGUACGGUGACCCAAGGUGGAUCGUUAACCGGCGAGUUACGUGCCGAUCGGUAAUACCUUGACGAUUUCAAAUGCGCUUCGGUUUACGGCAGUUCCAUUUUAUGGAACUGUUUACGGCACUGAAGCCACGUUGAAAUCGCGCAAUUAUAUGGAUGCGUAAUAUUCUCGCGAUCGCGGAUGCGAGCUUCGAACCUAUAGUCGCGGGUUAGUCUUAUAAUUCCUCUUACGUAAUCUUCAAAUCUUCGGCUAACCGGAUCUGAUUCUCUCGGCUAUAUAAUUAUCCGAAUAUCCAAAGAUGGUCUAAAUAAAAACGCGAGGUUCUGACGAUAUAAUAGCUCUCAUUAAUAACUCUUGCUGUAACCAGCGAGGAAGAUAAACUUUACGUCACACAUGGGCACGUUUGAGAGCCGCGUUCCGCGCGGGAGAUCAUCCCGAGUUGCCCAGGCACCUAGUUCCCGACCUAGCGCACACGUGAACGCGAUCAUCAUACGUGCCACGCACGUAUCGGCCGAUGCGCUCCGGAGAUGCUCUCAACGCACGAUUGCGCAAUGCUCGAUUGCGGAGCGCGCGUUCCUCUCCGUAAACUGCGGCGGCGUCUCCGAUGACGCCGACGAUAAUGACGACGCCGCGACCCCGCAGGUAUAAUUCCCGCGUUGAAAGAGCCGAUAUAAUUACAAGGGAGAAGCGUGCGGCGAAUGCAUACCAGUCGCAUCAUCGACUCGGCUCUGCUUUUCCACGCUUUCUCACUGCUUCCCUUCUCAUCCUCAAAAUGAACCAAAUAAAAUUUGUUCUUUUAAUUUGAAAAACUUGAUAAAAUUUUGACGACCACAGGCUACGAUAUCUAUUUUACGUCAAAUAUUGAAUUGUUUUAAAUAGUGUCGUUUAAUUAAUAAUCUCUAUAAUAAAAGCAAAAUUAUAUUUUAAGUAGCCAAUGGUUGCAGCAUUGUUUGACUUGCUUUUCUCUUACAGCUCAUCGCCUCGACUCUAUCGCUUCGCUUUCAUACCGAUCCCAUUGGCCGACCUUCAGAUCUAUUCGGAGAUGCCUGUCGAUCUGUAUCAACCUGGCAUUGCGCAACCACCCCUCAUCCUAGUCUCGACAGAGGCCUCCUUCGCUGGCCUCUCUGUCGCCCCCUCCGAUAGCUCUUCCACUGUGCGCAUCUUCAUUCGGCAGCUCUAAAAGAUCUCUUUUUCUCUCUUCCUCUGCUCUUAGCACUUUUCAUCAACGAGGAUUCGUUGGCGAAUCUUCGAGGAACACAUCACCGGAUUAUCUCUAGCCGUGGUGCCAUCCGCGGUUGCUCAUUGGCGGGUGGGAGGAAGACGAUCUUCGCACGGGACCGGUAUAUAAGCAUGUUGGAUUCGACCUGGAUACGUACAGACAAUUAUCAUCGGUUUGACGAUACACGAUACACGAUUUAAACAGUGCGGCGCAGUAACAUUGCUAGGAUUUACUUUACGAAUAUACGCGCAACCAGUGAGAUGAGACCGCUCGCCAUUGCGCUGCUGGCCAUUAUUGGUACCUGCUAUGCCGCAAGAUUAGACACUACUUAUCUUCCACCUGGUAGUGCCGGAAGUGCGGGUGGCGCAGGAUUGAUUCAUCCUCCAUCUCCAGGACACGGUCGAGGUGGACCCAUUAAGUAUAGUGGUCCAGUUGGUUUUGGUGGCCCAGAUGUUUCUGGUGGUCCAAGUAGUUUUGGUGGUCCUAGUGGCCAUAGUGGACCAGGCGGAUUUGGCCCUGGAAGUGGUGGCAGCGCUUAUGCAGGCGGCGGGUUGGGUGGUGGUGGACACGGUGGUCAAGAAAUACCCAUCAUUUCUUAUAGCAACGAGAAUACCGGUGAUGGAAAUUAUCAAUACAGUUAUGAAACCGGAAACGGUAUUUCUGUGCAAGAAACCGGUCAUCAGCAAGGAGAAUCCGAAUCGGUGAGCGGAUCCUUUUCUUAUACUGGGCCCGAUGGCAUGCAAUAUUCAAUCACAUAUACGGCAGACGAGUACGGGUUUCAUCCUCAAGGCGCUCACUUGCCGACACCGCCUCCGAUACCACCAGAAAUUCAACGAGGCGUUGAAUUGGCGCUCGCUGCCGAAGCUAGGGGAGAGAAUCAGGACGGUGGCGGUGGAGAAUAUUCGCGUGGAGGAGGUAGCGGAUAUCCUAGCGGAGGAGGUGGUCAUGGAGGCAGUGUGUAUCAGGGACCAAACUCGUACCAAACAAGUUCAAGCGGUGGCUACCAAUACUAGGCAGUGGAUUAGCGAGGAUUAUUAUGUGCAUUAUACGCAGGCAUGCAUACAAUUUCUCGUGUAUCCAUUUUAUGUAUAUAACGAUAUAUCAUUUGUGCAAUUUUUAUAUUUAUAUAAAGUGACAUGACUUUUA